AUGGCGGACCACGGAAGACAUCUGGUGCAUAGUCACGCACACGAAGAGGAUAUUCCAGGAACAGUCAAUCUACAGGCAGCUGAGGGCGAUGAUACUGGAUAUGGGCAGGCCUUGUUCCCAGUCCCCGCCGAGGAUCCCAACGAUCCUUUACAGUGGUCACCGUUCAAGAAGAAUAUGAUUCUGAUUAUAUGUGCCCUGUACUCAUUCCUGGGCAACUCGGCGUUGCUCGGCCCAGCCGUCUACAUCAGCAUAUACGCCGAGGAGUUCCAGAUCACUCCUACGAAGGCGUCUGGGCUGGUGUCAUAUUCAAACCUUGCCUACGGAUUCGGAUCUCUGCUGCUGGUCCCCCUUUACCUCAAGAUCGGCCGGCGCCCCGUGAUGCUAGUGUCCAUACUCGCGUUCGCUGGAGGACUGAUUGGGUGUUCUCAAUGUCACACAUUCCCCUCACUCAUGGCUUGCCGCGUCAUCCAGUCUUUUGGAGCGGGCGUUUGCGAGGCGUUACCGGUCCAGCUCGUCAACGACAUCUACUUCAUCCACGAACGAGGCAAGCGAUUGGGGUAUUAUACCGUGGCUUUGUGCCUAGGAGCGACUGGCCCCAUCUAUGCCGGUUACAUGCUGGCUGGUGGGUAUUCGUGGAGACUCUUCUUCUAUGUCGAAUUCGCGUUCGCCAUGGCACUUUUCAUCAUGGCUUUCUUCUUCGUUGAGGAGACGGCAUAUGAUCGAGAGAAGAUGAAGAGCAUGCUUGGGUCAGCGACAAUCGCAGGAAAUGAGAAAGGUGCCGGUGCCGGGCUUGAGGAGAUUCCCACCAACGCACCUGGCCGCAAAUCUUUUGUGUCGACGUUGAAACCGUGGAGCCGGGUCUACGAGGGGCCGUUCAUCAUGGUCAUGCUGCGAUCUUUCACCUACUUCCUGGUGCCGUCUGUGUUCUGGGUCAUUGCGACUUAUGGCAUCAACAUCGGCCUCGGAGCUCUUGCCUUCAACUACACGUUCCCUAUACUCAUCACGGCACCGCCGUAUAAUUGGUCGCCAAACAACUCUGGGUUAAUUGCUGUUGGCACGGCGAUUGGCUACUUUUUGGCCAUUCCGUUCACCACAUCCUCAGACCGUCUGGCCGCUCGGCUGACGAAAAAGAACAACAUGAUACGCGAGGCCGAGAUGCGACUGGGCGUCCUCCUCAUACCCCUACUGAUCGGUCCGGCCAGCCUGAUCCUCUACGGCUAUACUGCACAAGACAAGCUGCAUUGGAUUGGCUACUUCGUCGCAACCGCGAUGGGCGGGUGGCACUCAUACUUCUUCUUCACCUUCACCCUCGCAUAUGCCGUCGAUUCGUACACAGCCAAUAUUUCGGAGAUGUUGAUCGCGAUGAAUCUCGGCAAGCAGGCGAUCUCGUUCGCGAUGGGUAUCUACCUGCUAGAAUGGAUUCUUGAGAUUGGAUAUGUCAAGAUGAUCGGAGGUAUCUUCUGUGGCGUCCUCGUCAUCAACAAUCUGGCCACGAUCCUAUUCAUGAUCUGGGGCAAGAAGAUUCGGAUUGCUACGUCGAGGACAUGGUUGGCUAGGAUGCACAGGCAGACAGCAGUUGCGGGAGAGUCCCACUGA